ACCAACUGCAUCUGUUAUCCAUAAUAAAUUAUCAGGAUGGUAUAAUAUAGUAAAUAAUAAUGCUGCAGAGAAUAAUAAUGAAUUAGUAAUAUUAAAAGCAUUCCAGUCUGCAGAUGCAAUUAUCCCAACAUUAUCAACUGAAUUGCCAAUUUGCCCUAAAGAUAAACUUACAAGUAAACUGCUUAACUUUAAAAACCUUUCUAAGCCAAUUAAUUCUUCAUUUAUUUCACCGCCAAAAUUGUUAAAGAAUUGUGAUUCUACCUGUCUCGAUUUUUCAAUUUCUGAUGAUGAUUUAGAAAUUAUUCCAAGUAAUAAACAACAAAAUGAUGAAUAUAUAAUUUCAAACGAAGCAAUUUUAAAUAAAAAUGAAUAUUCUAGGGAAAAACAACAAAAUUUCUUAAAGGGUCCACCGAUUAACUUAGUUGAAACAGGAGUAACCCUAUCGUUAGGAGGAGCAUUGAUCUCACUGCUGUUCCGGGGCGAGUUUGAAGUUAUAGAAAAAAUGGUGGCACUGACAGACGCAGACGUGGAUAAUAAUAGUGCACAAAACAAAUUACUUAACCGUAAUGGUGUCACAAAGAGGUCUAAGAACAAUGGGUCAACUGGUUCGUCUCAUUCAGAAAAUGAGAAGGAAUCUGAUGGGAAUGAAGGCGAGAAUAACUGUAAUGAAAACGAUGAAAACGGUAGCGGAGAUGGUGGAGAAGAAAAUAAUGAGAAUAAUAGCAAUGGUGUUACAUCAACAUGCCGAGCUGUUACAUUAAAUAAGGAAAACGCAGAGAUUUUUCAAGAGUUUGUCAUCGUAGUUUCUAUCUGUGCAAAUGUUACCCCCGUUGCCAAUAAAAAAUAUUCGAAA